AUGCGAGGCGGUGCCACGGCACCCUCGCCUCUCCGCGGGCGCCCUCCGCUCCCGGGACGGCCCGCAGCCCCGACCCCACCGCCAGUCCCUGCCCGGCGCUUACAUAAACGCCGCCACCGCGGGGUCCGGAGCCCGCGCCCGCCCGAGCCGCCGCGGCCCCGCGCCGCCCUCACCUCAGCCGCAGCCGCGCCGCGCCUGAUCCUCCGCACGCGCGCCCCAGGCUCCGGCCGCAGUCCCGCGCCGGGCGGCGCUCUGCCUCGUUGGUUGUGCGCAGCGGCGCGGCGUGGCCGUGGCCUCGCGCGGCCCGGAGUCCCGGCCGCCGACCUGGCCGCUUGGCCGCCGCUGCCGCCGCCGACGCCGCCACGGCCGCCUCAGCGCCUCAGCCCGGCCGCCGGCGGCUCCGCCCCCUCCCCGCCCCCGCCGGCCUGCCGGGCGCGCGCACGCCGAGGGGGCGGGGCCGGCGCAGCGACGCCGGACGUGCGCGCGCUCGGGUGUCCGUGUCCGUCGUGGGCAGCCGGGGCUGUGGCGUCUCCCUCACGACCACCUGCGGCGGACGGGCGCGGGGCCGAUGGGGCUGCAGCGCGUCCGGAGCUGAGAGACCGCGGCUGGGCGGCUCCGGAGCCUGGGGCAGGAGCGCGGGACCGGCCUGGCGUCGCGGCGCCGCCCGCCCGAGCGCGGCUGAGGAGACCCUGCCCGCCUUCGUGUCUUCCUCUGGGUGCGCGGCUGCUGCGUUUUGGGGACGGGGUCUCACUGUCGCCCAGACUGGAGCGCGGUGAACCUCCGAGCUCACGCGAUCCUGCCGCCUCAGCCUCCCUGGUAGCUGGGACCGCAGGCGCCCGGCGCCCGGCGAUUGGCGUUUGCGUAGGUGGCGUCUCGCGGUGCUGCCCAGGCUCCCGGGCCCACGCGCUCCUCCCUGCAGCCGGCACCGCCCCGCCAGGCCCCCGCCGAGCCGCCCCUGCUUCCCCUUCUCCCGGAGUUGUCUGGGACGCGCGGGUCCCGCCGGCCCCCUCUCCCCGCCCGUCAUCCUCACUGUAGACUCCGGGAGAACCAGGUCGCGGCCCAGGACCCUGGACACGGUUCCCUCCGUCUCCCGUUUAGUCCGCACUGACACUAGCAGCUGCUCCCAAUUACCAACGUUUAGGUGAUGGCGGUUUUGUUUGAUUUUUGUUUGUUUGUUUGUUUUAGGUUGAUAGUAAAAGCAUUUUUUUUUUUACAGCAUAUGCAAUAGACUUACUCUUGGAUUUAUCUAUAUUUACUGACUGUUCCACAGUUAUACCAAGAAAUGUUUACACAGAUGAUGAUAAGCAUAUGUAGAAAUGCAACGUUUUCACUGACCGGAAUAACCAGCUCCAGGCUGCAGUUCUCUGCACGAAGAUAAAGUUUGAUAGGCAAACUUGGCAGCUCCUGACCGCGGCGACCUGAGCCCAGAGGAGCAGCCGGGGGCGGUGGGCAGAGCCAGGUGUGGACAAGCGGGUGGGUCCUGCACCUGGGUGGGGGAAGCGGCAGGUUCCAGGGUCAAAUUGAAGUUGUGCUAGCCCUGGCCUCCAAACCUCAGGCGGCCCACUCUGCCCCCGGCCUGUUUCCUCCCUUGUAAAGUGAGGAGUAAGAGACCAUCACAAGCCAGGGAUGGGGUGGCGCACACUGUGAUCUCAGCCACUCUGGAGGCUGGGGCUGGGGGGUGGGGGGCGGGUCGCUUGUGUCUCAGAGCUGGAGCUGUGGUGUGCGACGCCGAGGUCCGCGCCUAUAAAUGGCCGCUGCGCUCCGGCCUGGGCAACACUGAGACCCCGGCUCUGAAAAACAACAAAACUUAAAAGACGAACACAGAUGAAGUAUGGGAGCCUGGUAUGCGGUAAGCACUCCGCAGGUGUCAGCCGCCAGCCCGCAGUCCUGGACAGGUCAGGGGAAGGCCCGCGGUCUGCAGCAGGCUGCCGGCUUCAGUCACUGCCUGGUGGAAAACAAGCCUGUCUUUGGGGCCAGCCAGCUAACAAGUGAGCCCUUCACCCCAUCUGAAGGCGAAGCACCCAAAGGGGCAACCGUGGAAGGCUAAAUAAAAUCAAGACUCCUGGGACGCCUUCUCGGGACACAUUCUUAGUAAAGAGAUAAGUGCAUGAGGACGUUGUGUGUAUUUCUGUGUAACAGGCCACCCCAAACCUCAGCGAAAACCUCUCUUCACUGCUCAUGACUCUGUGGGCCUGCAGCUUAAGCCGGUUCAGCUGGGACGGCUUGCCUCGCCUCCAUGGGGUGUCCGCUGGGCCCACUUACGGGCAGGCGCGCCGGGCAGAUCCGGGCCACAUGUUACCCACCCACCACAGGCUGGCCGGGCCUCCCUCCCGUGGUGGCUGGGCUCCAUCGGCAGCAAGAAAAAGCAAAUCCCCAUGGUGCUUCCUUCCAUCUCCCCGGGAGGGUGAGAUGGCCGGGGCCUGAGUGGACGUGAGGCACCGCACAGGGGACGGGCACGGCAAGCAUGGUUCAUCGGGGCUGUCACUGCAGCAGUCUUCCACAGGCCUUCGCUGAGAGCAGCGGAGAGCGGAUGGCGCCCAAGGCCGGGACCCUGUGCUGCUCCCACGGGCCUCUCAGGCGGCUCUGCAGGACCGGCCGGCAGCCUCUGAUGCUCCCUUCCUAUUCCGUGGCUUCAGGUGCCAUCCUCUCCACAGAGACGGUUUCUAUUGUGAUGCUCUCCCUGACUUGGAAGAAUGGCACUGGGAACAUUCCCCUUGGUGCUGAUGUCGGGGAGGAAAGCAGUUUCCAGUCGCCUGGGGCCAGGACAUGGCGUUCCCAGCUGUUGAGCAUGAAGCGCCACGAUGCCCAUUCGGGUGCCUGUUGAGAUCAGGCUCUUUGAGAAGGAAUCCCGUGGUCGCCUGAGGAAGCCCAAAAAAAUUUCGAGGACAUCUCAGCCAUCCCCUGUUCACUGUGGAGGUUGAACACUGGCGCUCCUGGAGGGGGCCCCUGGGUCUCCACAGAAGUGCUGGCAGCCACCAUCCACUUCCCAGCCUUCCGUGCCUGCCCCACCUCUGUUCUGUUGUUUACCGUCUCCUAUGUGGGAAUUAUGGAAUAAACAAUCACUCUGGUAUCCUGGAAAAUAAA